CCGGCAAAGGCUCUUGGGAUUUGUAGUUCAACUGUAUUUAAGUCUCUGCAGUUAUACUGCUUAGCCAAAUGUUAAUGGUAAUACGUUCUGUAAUAUGCACUGUGCUUUUAUGGUCGCACAGUGGCUCUUUCACAAAUCUUUUUUUAAACCGUUGUCAAAAUGUCUCUGCGUCGAAACAAAUGGUGGUUCCAAAAAGUGUUGACCGUAACUUGCAGAUGACGUAUGUUUGCACGUCUGUCCCUCCACAGUCGACUGACGUACCGGCGUCGCGCGCGAAAUUGGAACACGGACGAAACAAAACAAGAGGCUGUCGGUGUGUCUGAACCGCCAUUUGACUCAUUUAACCCAUAUAUUUUGAUAGCUGUAAAUACUGUUUACGGGUUUUAACGAUGUCGGAACAAGGCUGCUACUCCCCGAGCUUUAAGAAGCCGUCGGAUGUUCUUCGCAUGAGAAGGAAAAGGGUCCGGAGUGAGGGGGUUUGUGCGGGAACCUCGAGCCCCGCUUCUGGAUCCUCUAACGCUAACGCAGCGUUAGCGGGGGUUCGGCCUUUUUCACCGGGUCCGCUGCUGAAGGGCCAGGGACGGUCAGGUGGAGUGAAGCGUAGAAAUCCUUUCGCUAACAUAGAAAAUACAUAUAACAGCCCAAAGAAGAGAGCCGCGUCGUCCGCAGACGAUGCUUCCGAGUGUAGGACGGCGUUAGCUGUACCGUUACUGUGCGACGGAGGAAGUUCGGCAGAACUAAACGCCAACCUUCGCGCUUCGUUCGGCGAACGUCUUCCCCACAACCUUAACGGGAAACAGAGCGACGACCAAAAUAAGAAAGCGUCUUUUUCUGAAGAAGACUCUUUAUUCGAAGAGGAUUUAUUUGCUACAGGAGAGGUCACCCCUAUUUUGAAGAGUCCAGAGGCUCCUCAGAUUUGUGGUGCACCUCCUACAGAAGUAUGCAGAGAAUAUCCAGCAGACUGGAGUCUGAAGACCCGACUGCUCUUCACCUCUCCUCAUUCUUUCUCCUGGGCUGAGCAUCUGAAGGCUCAAGAAGAAGCGCAGGGGCUGAGUUUGCACUGUAGGGCAGAGUAUGCUAGUCUGCCGCAAAAUAUCCAGGACCCUCGAAGCUGUACAGAGCUGCGCUGUGGUUUUCAGCAGUGUCUGCAGUACUGGCAGUAUCCUUCUCUGCCCUGGCUGUCCCUGUUCCCCAGGAUUGGAGCCGAGCGCAAGUUUGCAGGCAAGAACACACCAUGGGCACAGGAUGCUGCACUUCAGCAGAGCCUGAUGAGCGAGUGGUCAGUGAGCCUCACCUCUCUGUACAGCCUGCUAAAAGCCAGACUCUGUCCGUACUUCUAUGUUUGUUCAUACCAGUUCACGGUGCUAUUCAGAGCAGCAGGGCUAAGUGGAGCGAAAGGCAUUACUGCACUACUUUCUCCCACCACCAGGGGUCUACGGGAGGCCAUGAAGGCUGAUGGGAUAGAGUUCUCGCUCCCUCUACUGGAAGAGAAGAGGAAGAGCAAGGAGAGCUGCUCCCUUCAACUCAAUGACAACUCUCAACUGACAGACCCAAGCGGUGCUGUGACUUCACAACUUUGUGAUAAGGAAGAUGAUGAAUAUGAUGAUGAGGAUGAUGAUGGUGGUUUGUCUUGGCUGCAAGACAUGGGAAUACAGGACAAGAUUAAGAAGCCUGAUGCCAUCUCUAUCAAGCUGCGUAAAGAGCACAACGAGGUACGGCUGGAUCACAGGCCAGAAUCAGUGGUACUGGUGGAAGGCUCCAACACCUUCACCUUGAUCAACUUCCUUAUCAACUGUAAGAGUCUGGUGGCUGGUGCUGGCUCUCAGGCGGGGCUACCCCCAACCCUGCUUGCUCCCACUGCGUUCAGAGGAGCUACACUGCAGAUGCUGAAGGCACGAAGUGUGAAUGUGAAGACCCAGGUGAGGACAGGCUAUCAAGAUGUGUGCAGUCUGGAGGUGACUGGCCCUAUCAUGCCCCAUGCGCUACAUGCACUCACUCAGCUCCUGAAACCGGCCCAGAAAGGAGGCUUCUCUGUGUCCCUGUACACACACGAGCCCAGCGUAGUUCUAAAUGUACCUGUCACCAAGCUGUCCGAAUCUGAUCAGCAGAGCAACAUACAGCAGGACCUGGUCAGGUGCGGUCUGCAGCAGAGCACAAUACAGCAGCUGGUGGAGCCGGCUACACUGGGCAAGUCUGCUCUAAGGCAGCUCCACAUGAGGGCCUUUUCCUACAGCUGGAGCUCAUGAGAACCACCUGCUUCCUUUCAGCUCACCACAGUGCGCUACAUAUCUGGAAAAAAAUGCUCUGUAAGUUCAGACAUUUCUUUAGAAAUUCACCCUGACAGUGACAUUUAGUAAUGGACAUGUUCUAUGUGGCCAGAGUUUGCCAUGCCGAGGUUGUUUUAUGCUGUCUUUUAUAAGAACGACUGCAUGAAUUCGACAGCACAUGGAUAUUUUCAGCCAUGCACUGUGAAUUAUUUUACCUGCUGUGUUUAAUUUGUUUUAUUUAUCUUCACUGUCCGUAGGUUUUAAACUAACUUUAUAUGAUGCUGACAUGAACAGUUCUUAAAAAAACAAAAAUAAACAAAUAGGCAGAUUUUAUUCAGGAAUCUUCUGUUUAACACUACUUGAAGGACUUAAGUCCCAUCGGUAUUUGUCUAACAAUAUGCAUGUGUAUAUAUCUGCUUUUAGCUCAGUGUAAGAGUUUGGUGAAAUGACAUUUCUGUAAUGCAGACAUUUUAAAGGAGAAAGUUGUGGCACAAAACGUUGCUUUAUAUUGAGGGAGUGCAUAUUUCAAGCUUGAUAUUUUAACUUUUUGUAUGAAAUGUUAUGACAUUAAAUGAAUUGUUUGAUGUGCCACUGUCUCUCACAUGUUUCCUUCACAGAGUAGCAGUAAAAAUAAAUCUGGUGCAAAUA